UUAGUAAUUCUGCUUAAUUAUUAUAUUGCAUUGGUGUCAGAUAUUUUAAAAAAUAUAUAUAUUGUCUGAGCAACUGUUUGAGCUUCUCCAGAAUCUGCAGUAUAUCCUUGACUUUCUGAUGUUACCUACUGACAUUAAGCCAAACUGUGCAGUCAAAGAAGAAGACAAAUGAAGGUCAAUGAGUAAAAGAGAACAGAAAAACUAGCACAGAAACAGAGCAUGUGCAUAUAUAAUAUAUAUCUGCAAAAGCCAGCCUGAUGUAACCUUGCAAGACAUCUGUGAGCAAAGCAUUUUUUAGGCUACAGUAUACAAGAAGCAAGUCAUUACAAGGCUAUGUAUGAUUUUAUCUUAGAUUGAUUAAACCGUAUUUACACUGAUAAUUACAAGGAGCUGUAUAUAAAAUGGUCUUUUAUUCCAGCUGCUGCAUGCCUUCUCUACUGUGAAUGUUCCUACUAUUCAUGAUCAAUAAAAAAUUAUCCGUGUACUGGUUUUUCAUGAUGAUGGCAAAAGAGAUUGCGUGAUUUUGCCAGCGGGCCAGACUGGCCAGCAUUUAUAUUUCAUAGGAUAUCACAGCAUAAAUAAAAACUUACAGAAAGAUUACAGCUACAGCCAGAUACAGGCAGAGCUGAUCAUCACUGCUUCAGCAAUGAUGGUAAAUUUAUUCAUUCAGAUGUUCAAAGUGCUCACAGUCCUGCAAAAAAAAAAGAAAAGAAAAAAAAAAGAAAAAGUCAAUGAUAUAUUGACAUUAGAUCUAAGCGUUGUAAAGAAAUGCAAAGGAUGCCAUCAUGUCCGUCAAGUCCUCUUUGAAAAGGCCACAUAAAUAUUGAUGUUUGCCAACACUGCAAUUUUGAGAAACCAUUGUCAUAACGUGCGCCUCUUUUUUUCCUGUGAUGAGCAUCAUAUCCAUGCCAUUUUCAAAUCGACAACACAUAAAUGGUCAUACAGCGGCUUCGAGAGAACGGUAAUGACGUUAGCCAUGUGCCAAGGCCAUCUCAAUAACUUCACACGAUCCCAAUUGAGCAUUUACUGUGCCAUUUCUGACAGCGUCUGAGGAAACAUUUUCCACUACCAACACAGAGGUGGAGGCUCAGUGGUGAUUUACUCUCAGUGAUUAUGUUAGUAAUGAUUAGCGUUGACAUUUCCAGAAAUGAGCAGAUCAAAAUGUCAUAGCCACAGCUCUGCAACUAGCACACUGGACUAGACGAGGUAUAAAAAACAAAAACUAAUCCUCAAUAUAAGAAUGGAUAUCAAUGCAUGGUAUGCAUAACUUGCAUGAAAUUAGGUUUUCAUAUGUAUUAAAUUAAAAACGUUCCCCCCUCCUUAGUCCAAAGAAAGAGUUGUGCACACUGGUUUGCAGAUCUACAGCUUUCUACUAGCAAUCUCGUCAACUUCUAACUCUCCAGUUUCACAAAUAUGACUCAGUCUUGCAUCAGGUCAAGGCUAUUACAGCAGAUAUUCCACCGGCUUUCUGAUUUUCCUUCUGUGUAGACACAGGUGCUCACUUAACCUUCUGCUAAUAAGAGCCAGGGGAAUGUGACGUCACUAGCAGAAGUUUCACGUCAAGUGGACUUUAAAUUUAGUUGACUGGAUUUUAACCUUCAAAUGAACCGUCUGCAAAAACAAAUCUGAUAAAACAGGGAACGCAGGCAGGUUUUAUUUUUACCUGCUGGUUAAUAAAAGUGAAAGAAGACAGCGUCAUCCGUUUUGCUUGUCGUCACUGAGCUCCGUAUGGUAAGACGAGUAAUCCUGCGCACAGACAGGCGAGGAAGCAUAGGGGAGGUGGGGGGUGAAGAAGACCAAAAAAUGCUGCUGCUGAAUGGAGCCAUACAACAGUGACAGUGUGAUGGAAGGAAAAGACCAGGAGGACUGAUUUUUACUCCACUUCAAGUCCAGGUUUCAUCUAUUUUUCUCCACUCGGGUAAAUCAAGAGUCAGACACCAUGAAGGCUGUUGGCAAGAUAACUUUACCUGCAGCUUAAAUAUUUGAUAUUGAAUGAGAUGAAGCCUGCUCCUUGAAUGCACAAGUACCUCGGACAGCGUCGCUAUAGUGGCAAUACUACAGAUUCUCCACUGAAGGGCAGCAGGAGUCUCUCAUAUCCCUGCAUUUGUUCCUAAUUGCCAUUAUAGCCAGAAGAACAUAAAAUGUUUUCAGAUUUGCAUCCAUGAUUUGUGCAUGUUUUAUAAAAUUACACUAUUGCCUCAGUUCAUUUGCCUAGAAGUAUUUUUAUUCUAUUUUUUUAACAGAGGUUUUGAUAUGAUGCUCAGCGGUGAUCAUCAGGAGUCUGAUCUCCCCUGGGGACACACGGACACCCUUCUGGACUCCCUCGGUGCGCAGUGUGGGUCCAUGCCGGUUGGAACCCAGGAUGGAGAGGCUAAAGCGCGUUCCAGGGAGGAGAAGAGGCGCAAGAGGCGAGCCACAGCUAAAUAUCGAUCUGCGCAUGCCACCAGGGAACGGGUUCGUGUCGUAGCCUUCAACCUGGCCUUUGCAGAACUAAGGAAACUGCUCCCAACGCUCCCGCCAGACAAAAAGUUGUCCAAGAUUGAAAUCUUGCGACUCGCGAUUUGUUACAUCUCAUAUCUCGACCACGUGCUGGACGUUUAGGACAAGUGUGACAGUGCGUAACCAGCCACUAAAGAACAAGAGAUUUGGGGAAUCCCUGGUCUGUAUCCUAAUGGAAUACCACGCUGACAUUAUUAUUGCAUGACGCUGUUUCAUUAUGAGGAUGAGCUGCAGGACAGGAGACUUAACUUCCGUAAAACGACUCGAAGAAUGGAAAAUGCUUUGGGACCUUCUCUAUACACAUAUUGCAUUCUGUAUAUCAUUCACUAACUUAUGGAGCACUAUCGUGCUUGGGGUUAGUUUUUAUUCCACCAAGUUGUAGAGAUAUAUAAUAUAAUAUGUAACUGUAAAACACUUGUGUGUUCUGUGUUCCUUCUACUAAUGGCAGCUGGAAUUUCCUUUCAAAUCAUAUUUGCUUAAAAUAAACAGUAAAAAAGCUCAUCUUGUUUUUCAAACUCAUCUUGUAAUAUUUUUGAAUCCGAAAGAGUUCAGAAACAAUAAAGUUUCAC